AUGGAACCAGCCACACCUGAGCGCAAUUCCGCCCCUGAGCAUGAUCCAAUGGACGACCUCAACCACGCUAUCGAUUCCACUUCCUCUGAUAUGCUGAGAUCAAUCUUGGUAGCCGUCUGCAAAACAGAUCCGUCCGUCCGUCAAACGCUCGCCGAUCUGCUCCUUGUUAGCGUGCAUCAAGUUCCGAAUGUGCCGUCUGGCAUACCAGCGUCCGAUUAUGGAUCGGCCGAUGAAGAAGAAAAGCAACCCGCGAAAUCUGAGAAGCCAGGUGACCAGCAGCAAACCACCGGCUCCAAGAGAUCCCUACCACGCUACGCGACCUGCGCGAGCUGCGGGAAGGAAUUUGAUGUCACCGAGAACACAAAGAACAGUUGCACUUAUCAUCCCGAUGGCGGUUACCCCAAUCCCGAUUUCUUUUUCGACCACGAUGAGGAUUGCCAUGGCCCAAUGGACUCGGACGAAAACCGCAAAGAAUUUCCCGAGGCGUUUAUCUAUGAAUGUUGCAAGGAAAGCGGCAUCGAUCCUUGUACUACUGGCUGGCACCGGGAGGCGCAGCCAAAGAGGACCCGGGUUGAUUGA